GAGGACUGAACUUGAACCUUUGCACAUACUGCACAAGCACUCUACUGAUGAGGAAAGGUGGAAAGAUGAAAGCGUUAGCAAGGAUUUUUCUGGGACUUGUCAUCUUUGAUGCUGCUGUGACUGUCCCGACUCCAGAGCCCAUUAACUACGACUCAGAAGCCUAUGACGCCACCGUGGAAGACCUGGACACUUUAUACAACUAUGAAAACAUACCUAUUGACCAAGCAGAGACUGAAAGAGUGAUGCUUUCUGGGAACAGAGAGCUCCUGACCCCCGCCCCACUGCCAGGGGAGAACCAGGAGGAGGACGAGGACGAGGAAUCCACCCCCAGGCUGAUUGAUGGCUCCUCCCCACAGGAGCCAGAAUUCACAGGACUUCUGGGCCCACACACCAAUGAAGAUUUUCCAACCUGCCUUCUAUGUACUUGUAUAGGAACCACUGUAUACUGUGAUGACCAUGAACUUGACACUGUCCCUCCACUGCCGAAGAACACUGCCUAUUUCUACUCCCGCUUUAACCGAAUUAAAAAGAUAAAUAAAAAUGACUUUGCAAGCCUAAAUGAUUUGAAAAGGAUUGAUCUGACAUCAAACUUAAUUUCUGAGAUUGAUGAAGAUGCAUUCCGCAAGCUGCCUCAUCUUCGAGAGCUUGUCCUACGUGACAACAAAAUAAGGCAGCUCCCAGAACUGCCUGCUACUUUGACAUUUAUUGACAUUAGCAACAAUAGACUUGGGAGGAAAGGGAUCAAGCAAGAAGCAUUUAAAGACAUGUAUGAUCUCCACCAUCUGUAUCUCACGGAUAACAACUUGGAUCAUAUCCCUCUGCCACUCCCAGAAAGCCUGCGGGCCCUUCACCUCCAGAAUAACAACAUUCUGGAGAUGCAUGAAGACACCUUCUGUAAUGUUAAAAAUUUAACUUAUAUUCGUAAGGCAUUAGAAGACAUUCGACUCGAUGGAAACCCUAUCAACCUCAGCAAAACUCCUCAAGCUUACAUGUGUCUACCUCGUUUGCCCAUCGGGAGUCUUGUCUAAUAUCAGUCAAUGUUUGGCAUUAAGAUGCUUACUGUAGUCAAACAACUCACAGUUUUCUUCAGAAAUAAACACAGUAUGUUUCAGAUGUGUUAGAAUUACAUAAAAUAUCUCUAGGUGUUAAAAUGCCAUAGGGAAUUUAAUAAUUUUACUAAACAUGAGGUGGGUAUAAAUCAACAAAAUGCACAGACUUCAAAUGAAAUGAUGGAAAAUGUUUCAGAUUCUCUUACAAAUCGCAUAGAACUCGAAAAUAUUAGGGGUUAAUGUCAAAUUAGGUAUGUAAUGAAAAAACACUUGAAAUAAAUAUUUUGGUUAUUUUGCUAAGAUGUAGACAUUCUAACUAAACUUUUCUGUUCUUCAUUUCCAUUAAUGCAUGUUUCCCCCUUCAGUCAUCUAAGAGUACAAAGAGGGUAAUAAAUAUGUUU